ACACGGAACUGACCAUGCAGAGUUUGUCCACAAUGGCAUCAUGACUUUCUGAUCACAAAUACAAAGUUAAUUUAUUUCCGACACCUCGAGAUAAAAAUGCGUAUUUUCUUCAGGUGUUUAUGAUUUGUCAAAUCAGAUAUGGUGGUUUGUUUCUUAAUCCACACGGUGUGUCCGGCGAGCGCGCUGUCCGCAGGCGAGAGUCGGAUACUGUACGCCCGCGUAUUCGGACCGGAGACCGGAGAUGGUUUCGACUUCACACCGGAGCAAAGACGACUGUUGCAGAAAGAGAAACUCCACGUGGUAGCGAGGCAGGUGAGGAGUGCUGUGGCUCUGAGUAGAGAGGCCUCAGGCAGUUUGUGUGUGGAGGCAGUGCUGGGUGAGGAGGCUGCAGCUCUGGGUGAAGCUGACAGCGGAGUGUUUUCCCUGGGGAAUGCAGAGCUCUUUCCAGAUCGGAGUGUUGUUCUGUGGCUGGGUGUUCAGUCUCUAGCGUUUACGCUGGUGUGCAGACCACACGAGAACCUCCUGCUCGCAGAGGGAGCGCUUCGCAACAUUGCACGUCACUGCCUGGAGGAGCUACGUCUGCUGGGACCUGGUGCUGAGCUGUUAUUUUCAGGUGUUGCUGAAAAGUGAUCGAGUGGACGCACUGUUGCACAGACUUCUUCCUCAUGGUCAGCUCCUCUUCCUCAACCACCGUUUUGCCUUCACCCUGGAUAAAGAGAUAGUGAGCUACUUGAGCAAAUGAAACAGAGUGUCUGUUUGUAUGAACAUGAUUGUUUGCCACAUAGAAAGUAAUAUAUAAACUGCCUGAUAAAUCCAGAUUUGGAGGAACCACUUUUCCUCUGCAGGUGUAAUGCACACUGCCACGGCUUUGGAAGGAGGCAUUCGAAAUGUACAUUAGUAUAUUUUGAACUGUUUUUCCCAUUGAGGAAACCAGGAUGCACAUGUUCUAAAACUUUAAUUGCAGUUUGACAUCAGAUUAGAUUAAAAAUGACAGAGCCCACACCAAAAAAAGAAGCUUGUGAUAUCUCGGUGAGAGAUUAUUCAAGUAAAGCUUUUUACACAUUUGUUCUUUUAGGCAGAAUGACUUUGGAGUACCUGAUUUACUGGCCAUUAUUGGUCAGUUGAUAACACUGUUCAUUGAGUUUCUUGUUAAUUAAAGUCUGAAUUUAUAUUAUUAUUACUGUCUGGCUGGGUCAAAAUAAAAUCAUUGCAGUAUAUAUAUAUAUAUAUAUAUAUAUAUAUAUCUGGCUCUCCUCUAGAGGGCAGUGUUGCAUUUUAUUAAUUGCUAUGUGUUUUUGCUUUAGUCAAGUGCAUGGCAAUUUGAAUAAUCCUGUAACACUUUCAUCUAAAAUAAUUCAGUAGUUCACAGCAGUGUGUCUGCCAACAGAUCUGAGAUGGCUGAUUGACAAGGCCGUAUGACGCCUUCAUAUCUGGGCCAACGGAGCAAUCACGCAAUUCCUGAAAAUCCAUUUUUAGCCUCUCUUUCCCCUGAUUUAAUAAUGACUAGUUACCUCUGUCAUCAUGCUGCGCUGGGAAUGAGGGGAGGGUGAGGAUGUCCACUUAUAGUAAGCGUGAGGCCAGUCAUAACUCACAAGUACUGCGGUUCAAUAUGUUGACUGGUGAAUGUGAGGCUUUUCUGGCUUCCUUGUGUCAGCUGUCUUAUAGACUGUGUGAUGGUUGGCAUUCUUCUCGCAUUGAGCGUGACAAGAGCUCCGUUAUGGCCAAAUGCUCUAUAGCUGUGAAGUGUUGUUUAGACACUCAAACAUAUCAUCACAAUAGCAUUUGAAUUGAAGUAGUCACAGGUAACUCAGAUCUAUCACUGCAUUUCUGUGGGUGUUGUAAAAUUUUAUAUUUCAGGCAUCAGCUUUCAAGGGGUCUAUAUAUUUGUAUUUUUUAAACCAGUAUUUCAGUAAGUCCACCUAAAAUGAAUAAAACUGUUUUUUAUAACCAAUUUAUAACCAAUUUUCAUAAAAGAAAAUUGUUUUUUUUUUAUGCUGCUAUGCCUUAAGAUAUCCAUGUAAACACUGUCGUCAUAUGCGAAAACAGCUUUUCACUGCACUCACAUGAGAGUUAUAAUUGUGCUGUUGCAAAAUAUGCUGCAUUAUUUGUUAAGAUUUGGGAAGUUGUUAAAAAUGAAUAACUUUUUUGUUAUGUUAAGAUGCUUUUGAAGCAUUGACAGGGCCUUAGGUGCUACACACAGCCAUUGUCAGGAUAAACUAGGUUUUUCUGAUGCUAGGAAUAAAAAUUGAAACAUUAAAUUAUGAAUGUGGACAGUCAUUAUGUUAAUGUGUUUUGGUUUUACUGACAUCCAUUUUUGCAGUUUUGUUUCAGUAGAAUGUCUUUUUGAAUUGGGGAGGAAGUUUUGUUUUUUAAAGUAUCAUAAAUGUUCAUAGUGUAUAUUCAUUCAAGAUAUUGUGACCACAAACGAAGAAGUAAUUGUACUAAUUAAUUGUACAAUUGCACUGAUUGUACUAAUUUAAAAUAAAGGAACAAAUUAAUAAAAUGUAGCCACAGUUUAAUAAGACUACAUUGUAGUAAUAAUAGCUAAACAACAGCAAGUGGUAAUAAAUAAUAGACAGAUGAGUAUC